AUGUCGUCUUCGUCAGCACCCCCGCAACAGUCGCCGUCGAAUAAUUCAUCAGAAUCCCCACCGCCACCGUCGACCUCAUCACCUCCGCCUCCCCAGUCAUCUCCCCCGCCACCCGGCAACAGCAGAUCCCCACUCCCGCGCCAAUCAUCCGAUGGAUCACAACAUCCUCCUCCUCCGCCACCACCACCCCCACCGCCUCCUCCUCCGCCUCCGCCUCCACCUCCACCUCCACCUCCAGGUAGAAAUUCUCCAUCCUCCCGUUCAGUGGCCCCUCCUCCUCCCGACAACACGGGCAAUGAUCAGAGAGCAAUAAUAGCGGGAGCGGCGGCAGGGGCUGGGCUUCUGCUGCUAAUCAUGAUCGUGUUUUUGGUGUCCUGUGGAAGAAGAAAAAAACGCAAACCCCAUGACCAUAUGAAUUACUAUAGAGACAACUCACAUGGCCACACCGGUAACGAGUACUAUGACAGGACCUCGAAUGGGACAUGGAACGAUUCCAUGGGGAUGGGUCCCCAGCCUGGCAGCGGCAGUGCAAACGUGAGCACCAAUUGGGUGGUGGGACCUCCACCCCCACCACCACCCAUAAUGAGCAGUAGCGAGAUGAGUUCUGCGGGUUUCUCUGGGCCCCACCAGGCCCCCCUUCCGCCCCCUCACCCAGCCAUGGCUCUAGGGUUCAACCAGAGCAGCUUCACGUACAAUGACCUGGCAGUGGCCACAAACAACUUCACUCACACCAACCUUCUGGGGCAAGGAGGGUUCGGCUUCGUGCACAAAGGACUUCUCCCUAAUGGGAAAGAGAUAGCCGUCAAGAGCCUCAAGAUGAACAGCGGGCAGGGUGAGCGUGAGUUCCAGGCCGAGGUCGACAUCAUCAGUCGAGUCCACCACCGUCAUCUCGUGUCCCUGGUCGGCUACUGCUCGUCCGGUACCCAGAGGAUGCUCGUCUAUGAGUAUGUGCCCAAUGGGACGCUCGAAUUUCACCUUCAUGCAGGAGCUAGUCGCCCACCUAUGGAUUGGCCUACGAGGCUUAAUAUUGCUUUGGGUUCAGCCAAAGGAUUUGCUUAUCUCCAUGAAGACUGUCAUCCUCGCAUUAUCCACAGAGAUAUUAAAGCUGCAAAUAUUUUGCUUGAUUUCAAUUUUGAUGCUAAGGUGGCUGAUUUUGGAUUAGCUAAGCUUUCCUCAGACACCAACACACAUGUCUCUACAAGGAUAAUGGGAACAUUCGGGUAUUUGGCCCCUGAGUACGCAUCAAGCGGUAAACUCACUGAGAAGUCUGACGUCUAUUCAUAUGGGAUCAUGCUUUUGGAGCUAAUUACUGGGCUACGACCUGUGGACAUCCACAUGGACGAUGAUGAUACCUUAGUCGAUUGGGCUAGGCCUAUUUUGAUGUCCGUUACAGAAGGGGGAGAGUAUGAGGAUCUGGUGGACCCAAAGCUAGGAAACAAUUAUGAUGCCCAAGAGAUGUUGCGGAUGGUUCAUUGUGCUGCUGCAUGUAUUAGGCAUUCGGCAAGAAGACGUCCUAAAAUGAGCCAGAUUGUGCGUGCUCUGGAAGGAGAUGUCUCCCUAGACGACCUGCACGAAGGGAUCAAGUCGUCCCGAAAUGGAAUGCUUGGGUCGAGUGGCAGCUCUGACUAUGACUUGAAGAGAUAUGACAAAAAGCCUGGGACCCCGUCGAGCCAGGAUUUCACCAGUAGUGAAUUAGGGCUCAGAGGUGAAUACGCCCACUCAAGCGAUGGGAAUUCACAGGAGAUCCACCGGCCCAGCGCUGGAUACCGCACUUACAACCCGUGA